AUGAAGAAGGAUUUAGAGGAAAGAAAGAAAGAAUAUGAAGAAAAAAUUAGCCAGCUUAUGGCUAAAAACAACAAAGAGUUGAUAAAGGAAGCGGAAAGGAAAGAAGCUGAGAGAAAGAAAAGAGAAGAUGAGAGAAAGAAAAAAGAAGACGAUGAUGCCACAAAAGCAAUUGCCAUGGUGGUUGAAAAUGUAAAUGCUUCAGAGAGUGAAGCUCAAACCAUUGGUGGUAAAGGCACAAAAAGAGGAAAGAAGACAACAGCUACCAAGAAGAAGACCAUUCUAAGUAUUACUAUGGAUGAAGAACUACAAAAGAAGUUGCAUAACAUAUCAGAUUCAUACAAUCCGAGAAGAAGUACAAGAUCAAUAGUGAAAGUGCAACAAAAUGUUUGUGCUGAAGUAGUUAGCAAAGAAGAAUUUGAAGGCAAAGAUGUUUCUGGAGUUACUUCCAAAGUAACAAAUACUCCAAAGAAAAGGAAAGCGGUUGAGAAAGAAGAUGAGGAUGAGCCUUUGGAUGUUGAGAUAAUAAAAAUAAAAAAACAAAAAGGAGUUGAAAAAAAAGCACCUGUUAAGGGAAGAAUUCUUCCUCUUAGGAGUGCAUUGAAAAGAAAUAAGAAAAAUGAUAUUGAAGAAGUGAAAGAAGAACAGAAAACAGGUAUUACAUUUAACAUUGUUCAAAGUUUUUUCAAGGAACGUUCAUUUGGUUAUCAUAAAAUGUUAUUUUUGUUUGGAUAAAAAUUCUUUCUGUUUUUAUCUCACAGUUAUUCAAACUAUUUGGUUAUAUGUUCAAAGUUUUUCUCCAUCAUGUUCAAAAGUUUUCUAUAUUAAGUUCAAAGUUUUCUCCAUUAUGU